AUGAAUGUUAAGACUUUUUUCUUGUUACAGGCAUCUCUUUCAUGCUGUUGUGGUGGUAUUCCCGGCAUGCACGGGUUACCAGGCCGUGACGGACGUGACGGCCGAGAAGGACCGAAAGGUGACCGGGGAAGCCCGGGAAAGACUGGGCCUCGGGGACCUGCUGGUGUAAAUGGAAAAGAUGGUGCUAAAGGAGAGCCUGGUGUACGGGGCCCACCAGGUCCAAAAGGAGAGCGUGGACAAGGUCUAAUGCCCUUUAAGAACUGGAAAGAGUGCGCUUGGAAAGAUUUAAACGAUGACAAAGAUAACGGUUUAAUAAAGGUAAAGUUACAAGAACUUCUUGGUCCCCAUUUAUCUUUUCUGCUUUUAUCUUAUUGUACCCGAGCGAUUUAACCAUUCUAUGUUUAUUUCCGUCAUAUUUAGGACUGUGUCUUCACCAAAAACUUUUCUGACACCGCUCUUCACGUUUCCUGGACUGGUGCGCUAAGAAUCUACAAGUGUACAGACUGUUGCAAACGCUGGUACUUCACUUUCAACGGCGCAGAGUGUUCAGCUCCCUUACCCAUUGACGGUAUUGUGUACAUGUGGCAAGGCAACACUCAAAGCAUUCUCCGCGUCCGCCAUAUUGAGGGGCAUUGUAACAACAUUCACAAAGGAAGGGUGCGCGUGGGAUUUUGGGUUGGUAAUUGUCAAGAACGAUCACCUGGUGACGCCUACACGGGCUGGAUUUCUGUGUCCAGGAUCUUCAUUGAAGAAGUUCCCAAGGCUCAGGCCUAAAUGUCGAGGCAAAACAUACCUUCCUGCAAUGAAAAACUUUUAAAAGUUCUUUAAUCAAGAGUGUAGUUUUAUAGGUUACUAGCAUAUGGAUGAUAUAGAUUGUGAU